CUGUCCGCAGUCUCUGGUCAUCCCUGUGCUGUCCGCAGUCUCUGGUCAUCCCUGUGCUGUCCGCAGUCUCUGGUCAUCCCUGUGCUGUCCGCAGUCUCUGGUCAUCCCUGUGCUGUCCGCAGUCUCUGGUCAUCCCUGUGCUGUCCGCAGUCUCUGUCUCUGGUCAUCCCUGUACUGUGUCCGCAGUCUCUGGUCAUCUCCUGUACUGUGUCCAGCAGUCUCUGGUCAUCCCUGUACUGUGUCCGCAGUCUCUGGGCAUCCCUGUACUGUGUCCGCAGUCUCUGGUCAUCCCUGUACUGUCCGCAGUCUCUGGUCAUCCCUGUACUGUCCGCAGUCUCUCUGGUCAUCCCUGUACUGUGUCCGCAGUCUCUGGUCAUCCCUGUACUGUGUCCGCAGUCUCUGGUCAUCUCCUGUACUGUGUCCGCAGUCUCUGGUCAUCUCCUGUACUGUCCGCAGUCUCUGGUCAUCCCUGUACUGUGUCCGCAGUCUCUGGUCAUCCCUGUACUGUGUCCGCAGUCUCUGGUCAUCCCUGUACUGUGUCCGCAGUCUCUGGUCAUCCCUGUACUGUGUCCGCAGUCUCUGGUCAUCUCC